ACGCGCCUCAGUGGGUUACAAUGGCACAAUGGCUUCUAGGAGGUCUGCCUUGGCCUCGCAGAACGAAAUCUCGGGGAACGACCCUCUGCGGGAGCUGUUCGAGGCCUGCAGGAACGGCGACCUGGUGAGGGUGAAGAAGCUCGUCACGCCGCAGAAUGUGAACGCCAGGGACACCGCGGGCAGGAAAUCCUCGCCCCUCCACUUCGCAGCAGGGUUUGGUCGUAGGGAUGUUGUUGAACACCUGCUGAACUUGGGGGCUGCAGUCGGGGCCAGGGACGAUGGGGGACUCAUACCUCUGCACAACGCCUGCUCCUUUGGCCACGCGGAGGUGGUGUCACUGCUGCUGAAGCAUGGCGCAGACCCCAACGCUCGGGACAACUGGAACUACACUCCCCUACACGAGGCUGCGUCCAAGUCCAAGUUUGAUGUCUGCAUAGUGUUGCUCCAGAAUGGCGGUGACCACAGCAUACGCAACACUGAUGGCAAGACAGCGCUGGACCUUGCUGACACCUACGCCCGCUCGGUGCUCACAGGUGAAUACAAGAAAGAGGAGUUACUCGAGGCAGCCCGGGCGGGGAGCGAAGACAGACUCUUGACACUCCUCACUCCGCUCAAUGUCAACUGCCACGCCUCAGACGGCCGCAAGUCCACUCCGCUCCACCUGGCGGCCGGAUACAACAGGACGGAGAUUGUGACCAUCCUCCUGCAGCAUGGAGCGGAUGUCCACGCUAAGGAUAAGGGCCCCCGCCAUUACAGGGGCCUGGUUCCGCUGCACAAUGCAUGUUCUUAUGGCCACUUUGAGGUGACAGAGCUGCUCAUCAAGCACGGCGCCAACGUCAACGCAAUGGACCUGUGGCAGUUCACGCCCCUGCACGAGGCGGCCUCCAAAUCACGCGUUGAGGUGUGUUCCCUGCUGCUGGCCCACGGUGCUGACCCAACACUCCUCAACUGCCACUCCAAGUCUGCCAUUGAUGUUGCCCCGUCGAGGGAGCUGCAGGAGAGACUCACAUACGAGUACAAGGGCCACAGCCUGCUGGAGGCGUGUCGUCAGGCCGAUGCUGCCAGACUCAAGAAAUUCCUCUCACCUGAAGUGAUCAAUUUCAAGCACCCGUACACCGGCAACACUCCACUGCACUGUGCGGUGGCGUCCACAGGCGGCAAGCGGCGUGGCAUCGUGGAGGCCCUGCUGCGGAAGGGCGCCCCGCUGCAGGAGAAGAACAAGGAGUUCCUGACGCCGCUCCACGUGUGUGCCGACAAGGGUCAUUGCGACAUCUUGGAGCUGCUCCUCAAACACGGCUCCAAGGUCAAUGCGCUGGACGGCCUCGGACAGACAGCGCUGCACCGGUGUGGCCGGGAGGGUGAUGUGCAGGCGUGUCGGGUGCUGCUGCAGUAUGGCGUGGACCCCUCCAUCAUCUCCCUCCAGGGCUACACAGCAACACAGGUCUCCACUGACAGUGUUCAAAGGCUCCUGCAUGAAGACCCACCUGGUCCUGGGGUGGACAGUGAACAGCAGCUACUUGAGGCAUCCAAGUCUGGGGACAUUGACUGUGUUCGGCGCAUCCUCUCCGCCCAGCCACACCUUGUCAAUGUGAGGGACCUGGAUGGCCGCCACUCCACACCACUCCACUUCGCCGCCGGAUACAACCGUGUGCCGAUUGUGGAGUACUUGUUGCAGCAUGGAGCAGAUGUACAUGCUAAAGAUAAGGGUGGCUUGGUCCCCCUGCACAAUGCCUGUUCCUACGGCCACUAUGAGGUGACGGAGCUGCUGGUGAGGCACGGCGCCAGCGUCAACGUGGCCGACCUGUGGAAGUUCACGCCGCUGCACGAGGCCGCUGCCAAGGGGAAGUACGACAUUGUGAAGCUGCUGCUCAAGCACGGAGCAGACGUCAACCGCAAAAAUCGGGACGGCCACACUGCGCUGGACUUGGUGAAGGAGAGUGACCAGGAUGUGGCAGACCUGCUGAGGGGUGACGCGGCCCUGCUGGACGCCGCCAAGAAGGGGAACCUAGCGCGGGUGCAAAAGCUGCUCAACCCAGACAACAUCAACUGCCGAGACUCACAGGGCCGCAACUCAACGCCGCUGCACCUCGCUGCCGGGUACAACAACUUGGAGGUGGCUGAGUACCUGCUGGAGAAUGGUGCUGACGUCAACGCUCAAGACAAGGGAGGACUCAUACCUUUGCACAACGCCUCAUCCUAUGGCCACCUGGACAUCGCUGCGCUGCUCAUCAGGUUCCAGACAGCAGUGAACGCCACGGACCGCUGGGGCUUCACUCCACUCCACGAGGCUGCACAGAAGGGUCGCACCCAACUUUGUGCCCUGCUGCUGGCCCAUGGUGCUGACCCCUACCUCAAGAACCAGGAAGGCCAGACUCCCCUGCACCUGGCCACAGCAGAGGACGUGAGGAGCCUUCUGCAGGAUGCCAUGAUGAGCCAGCCCAGCCUCACCCCAGCUGCAGGAGGGAGCGCACCCCCACCUGUCUCCCCGUCCUCCCCCAAGCCUCCCAGCACCCCAUGCAAGGCCUCUGCCCAGCCCACGGUCUCCCCGGCGCCUUCCUUGAUAUCUAUAAACAACAUUGGAGCAGAAGUUGAGACAGUGAUGAUGCCCUCGGGUGCCAGCCUGACCUUCACGCCGGCACUGGGCUCCUCGCCGGGCAUCGGGGACGGCUGCUGCGACCACUCCCGCUGCGAGACAACGCCGGACACCCCCGUCAAUAUGAGCAUUGCCUCCUUCCUCAACAGCAUGGGUCUGGACCACCUCCGGGACAUUUUCGAGCGGGAGGACAUCACGCUGGACAUCCUCGCCGAGAUGGGACACGAGGAACUCAAGACCAUUGGGAUUAACGCAUACGGCCACCGCCACAAGCUGCUGAAGGGCGUGGAGAAGCUACUCAUACAGCACAAUGGGUUGGUGAGCAGUGGGUGUGGCAGCAACAACAGUGGCAGUGGGUCGUCCCAGGGCACGCUGCUGCUGGACCUGUGUCGGGAGGACCGAGAGUUCAUUGCCGUGGAGGAGGAGAUGCAGGCCACCAUCAGGGAGCACCGGGACAAUGGACACGCCGGUGGAAUCUUCGCUAAGUACAACGUUGUUAAGAUUCAGAAGAUACGCAACAAGCGGCUGUGGGAGCGCUACUCACACCGGCGGCGGGAGGUGGCAGAGGAGAGCAACGGCCAGUCCACCGAGCGCAUGCUGUUCCACGGGUCGCCCUUCAUCUCGGCCAUCGUGCAGAAGGGCUUCGACGAGAGGCACGCCUACAUUGGGGGCAUGUUUGGGGCCGGGAUCUACUUCGCCGAGCACUCCUCCAAGAGCAACCAAUACGUUUAUGGCAUAGGCGGAGGCAGUGGGUGUCCAGUGCACAAAGACAGGUCAUGCUACUCAUGCUACAGGCAGCUGCUUCUGUGUCGCGUCACCCUCGGCAAGUCCUUCCUCCAGUUCUCGGCGAUGAAGAUGGCCCACGCUCCGCCUGGCCACCAUUCGGUUGUGGGGCGGCCCAGUGCUGGGGGACUUUGCUAUCCGGAGUAUGUUGUUUACCGGGGAGAACAGGCCUACCCGGAGUACCUCAUCACCUACCAGAUUGUGAAGCCCGAUGAAACUGGACCCAAGGAAGACGGGAGUCGGGAUAACGAUUGACCAGUGUUGGGUGACUAUGCUCCUCCUUUAGGCCAAGUCAAGGCAUAACUGUGUUGUGCUACAUAGAAACUUAAGUGUCUGGACCAAGUCAAGACACCUUUGCUCCUUCACCCACGCUGGCAGCCAGACACUCACAAGGAACCCAAGGCACAUGUAACACACACACACACACACACACACACACACACACACGCACACACACACACACUGCUGCUCAAACAUUGUGAGGUAAAGGGACAUCAUUCCUACUUAAAGUAAACUGUACUACAAGUUCAUCAUGAUAAGCAGUCAGUUGCAGUCCUUUAGUGUCCAUCCUGGUUUAGAGAACCAUGCAAUAUUAAGUGUAGUUUAAUUAUUUGUCUAUAUCACAGGUAAUACUUUUUCUAACAGUUCAUGCCUCUUGAUACGGCAUUCAGCCCCAUGAUCUGAUAACAUUUUCUAAUUGUAGGUGACCAUGACAAAAAAAUAUUUGCUGCAUGCUUCAGCAUUUCUUCUUCCUAGUCACAGAUUCAAAUACCAUUGUUUAGGGUUUUCGAUAAGUGUCCAUCUUUCAUAUGCUAUCAUAGGAUACCAAUCCUUGUGCUGAAUGCAUAAACUCCUUCAUGUAAGUUCCUUGCUGCAGAGGACAAUGGUUGCCUUCAUUCCCCUCACCAACCACUGCUAUGUUGUUUGGUAACCCAGAGCAGCCACUUAAGAAAUGUUUCAAAGACUUGCCUCCUGUUAAUGUUCUGUGUUGUGGUAGACUUACAGGAACAGCCUGGGCUUUCAUACUCUUGGCACCUGGUCAUACCACACAGCGUGACUCAUGGGCCAGGCUUGCUACUAUUUCUCAGGUGGUUUCACUCAAGACUGUGGUAUAUCUUCCUCCUGACCUGACUGUCUUGACACAACACUGUCCAGACACUUCCAGAAGGCCAGCCAGCUGACCAGCACCUGGCAGAUACAAAAGGGUCUCCUGGCUGGCAUGGCUUGACUCCCUCGGAAACUUUUAUACACAAUGCAAAUGUUACUUUGUCGUCUCAAGACCUGGGGAGACGCUCCUACCUGAUGGUAUGACAAGGAUGUUUUGCUAUGUCCAUUUAAGUGGUUGUGAUCUUUGUUGAUGAGCACUUUAUAGCUAAUGGUCGGCUGGGGACAUAUUUGCAAAAGAAAUUCCUGCUUAGUGCGGCAUGUUCCAGGGCAGUGCUGUGGAAUGAUUGGAGACUCCUCGCCUGUGGUCGCCAGCACCACUUGGUGAUCCUUUGACCCCAUUUUCAGACCUGUGAUCCAGGAAUGUGUUGCCAAGAAGCUCUCUGGCAUGGGUUGUUGACCUCUUGACUCCUUGACCUCUCCAACCCCUCAGUGGGCAUCAUUGCUAUUUAAACUUAUAGUCAUUCCAUGUAGAGAGUGUGUGUGGUGGAGAUUACUAUUUACAUCACUCUGUUUCCCUGUACUGCCUCGGGUGAGCUGUUGUACAUAAGGUUUCAAGGUGUUCAUCUUCUAACACUUUCGAGGAACUAAUCCAGGUGUCAAGUUAGUUUAAGCUUCUUUUUGUCUCGGUGUUUUUAGAAAGCUUUGCGCUGAUACCAUGAUCGAGCAUCGGUGUCUGUCACUGGUGAGCAGUUGGCUGUGCUGGGAUGAAAUGUAUUGUUGAAUGUUCAGUGUUUUGUGUAUUUGUUAUGGAAAUUUCCACAGAGUAUAAGAAAACGUUUCCACGCUAGAUAUAGUGUUUGAUAUAUACGUAUUUUCAUUAAGGGUUUCGCUAAGACAGACAAUGUAAUGGUUUUGUUUCUUCCAUAUUUUGCUACAUGGUUUCUUAUCCCCUCCCCACAAAAAUAUGAUACCGGUAGUGGUAUUUUUUAAUGUGAUCUGAAAAGUAUUGUUCGUAUAAUUUUCUUGGUAAAAAUAUUCCUCAGUAAGAUAUAAACCUUGUGAAAGCGUUGCCCAGUAAGAGGGAACGCUCACUCGUUGCUUGAAAUUUUGUUUACUGAAAUGCCGAAGGAUUGGCAGUGCAUUACAGUGAAUGUCAAUGCUGGAAUACCCUCAAGUAUGUAUGUAUGUAUGUGUGUAUGUAUUAUUUCAAGAUCUGUGUAUUGUGAUGACACAGGCUGGGCAGAGGCUGGCUUCGUCUGCCUGUGCUGUGCUUUGUGUUGGCUCACCAGCCCUUCUCCAGGGAAGAGAAGGCCUUGCUGGAACACUUGAUAUUACCAUAAAUUUUGCGUGGGAUAUUAAAAAGAAACCAAGAAAUAGGGUAACUGCAGCUCGCAAUUUAAAUCUCCUUGAUGUACAAAAUUUAUAACCUUGAGACAAUAAGAGAUUUAUAAGUUUAAAAAAUAAAAAAUUGAGAAUCUCUCAUUAUGGCGACAUUCAGGGCAUUAUAAACAUUUUGUGGGGGCAAAGUAACAUUAUUAAGUGCAAUAUUAUAUUUUAAUACACAUCGAACUAUAGGCUUAAACGAUGAGCUAUGAAUGUCUGCGUAACUUUAUAUUAGUUUUCCUGAGGCAUCUUGUCCUCCUUCUUUACCGCCAUUGGUCCAGGCCACGUGCCUUCUGCACAUUCCUGUUUUGUAACAACCUUCUUGCUCAUCAUCUGUGCAGCAGCAGUGAGCUAUGAGGGGAAAGCGUCACCCGUGAGUAUUGGCUCGGCAUGUGUCUGGAUUAAAUAAUAGGAUGGCUCUGUAAUAUAUGAGUGAAUUUGAUAACUUUCUGGCAGAUUUCACCCAAAUGAUCUACUGUGUAGCAGGGUUUUAGAAGAUGGCUGUCAGAGGUUCUGCAUCAAGAUAAAAAAGUAGACAACACCAAUAUAGUUUUGUGAACUGGUUUUAGUUUUUUUUUAAUAAAUCAAAAUUAAUAUGAACUAUUUUGGAUAAAAAGCAUUACCUUCUCUGACUUACAGUUUAGUUCCAAAUCCAUAUCUGAUUUUUUUAUGAGUUGGAAAAUAACUUCCUCUGUUGUAAUGAGACAUGGAAUCUAACAGCCCUUGUUUGCAUUCAGUUCUUGGAGGGACUGCCAGGCUAACUCCCCACGACCUGAAAAAAUGGAAGAAAAGGCUCAACUUCUGACAAUUGUCUUAUGUUUCCAUGCCGUGGUAAAGCUUCCUUACAGCGUUAGUGGGUUUAAUGUGUAAAGGAAGACAUAAGUGUGGAGGGAUAAUGUGCAGAGGAAAAACACAUUCAAUAUUUAAUGUGAAAACACAUACAUAGCGGGUUUAAAGUUUGUCGAGGAAAAUACUGUUGUAUCCCAGGGCUGCCGCGGCUCAGCCUUGCCCCGUGGAGUCAGCCGGGUGAAGCAAAGGCUCAAGUGCUGAUAACUACUCGUGUGGAUGUACUGAUACACGUAUAUAUAUAUAUAUAUAUAUAUAUAUAUAUAUAUAUAUAUAUAUAUAUAUAUAUAUAUAUAUAUAUAUAUAUAUAUAUAUAUAUAUAUAUUUUUUUUUUGGGGGGUGUAUUUUUUAUUUAAAUAUUUAUUUAAAAGUCCAUGUGAUUCGUGUAUGCUCACUCAUCAUUUGUGUUUCGGUGUAAUUUACAAUUAUUAUUAUUAUUAUUAUUAUUAUUAUUAUUAUUAUUAUUAUUAUUAUUAUUAUUAUUAUUAUUAUUAUUAUUAUUGUUGUUAUUAUUAUUGUUUUAUUAUUAUUAUCAUUAUUAUUAUUGUACUGUGAUACUAUAUAUUAUUUGUUGCAACAGUGACCGUUGGUGUGAAUGAGCACAUACAAAAGAGUAUACAUAGAAUGAAAAAAAAAGGUUUGCUGUAUGUUCUAAUCUUAUUCCACUUACUUCCCGUAAUUAUUAAGGACCCGUAAAGGUAACUUAUGUGAAAGCAGCUGCUGCUAGUUAAAAAAAAUUGAAACUGGUUUUUAUCCGCCCAUAUCUUUUUUAGGCUAUUGAGAGAGUCAUGUUUAGAUAUUUUUUCUUCUUCCUGCACACAAUCAGUCUUAUCACUUGACCUUUUUCAUGUUAAUGCCAUUUGUUCUCCUUAGGGAUAGGAGGAGGAGGAGGAGGAAAACAUACUCAUGGUGGCUCAUAUUACUUACUUUUUCUGUGUGUGUGUUUGUGUGGUGUGUGUGUGUGUGUGUGUGUGUGUGUGUGUGUGCAUUCAUAUACUUCUUUGUCCACUCCAGUCUCAUUUCUUAUUAUUUUCCUUUCACUCUCCUUUUUUCUUUUCUCUCUCUCUUCCAUACACUCCACAAUCCCUCUUUCAUUCCCUGCCGUGUUCGCUCCCUCCACUUGCUCACUCCAGUGUUGGUAGCUAAAGAAUCGCUUCGUUUUCACAGAUUUGAGUUGUGAUUUGUAUUGCAUCCCUUUCUCAUGCCAAUACCCCUUGUGUGUGUGUGUGUGUGUGUGUGUGUGUGUGUGUGUGGAGUUAGUGAAUAGAAAAGUCUGGGUUGUGAGUGAUAACUUCAGAGUCAGACUUACUGUUGAUAUAAUUUGUUGAUAUCAAUCUUUAUAGGAGUACUUUAUAGGUUUUCUACCACCAUUUAAAAGUAUUAAACAUUUCAUUGCUGUCAUUCUAUAGAGACUUUUUUAGUAUUUUUCUUACGGGGGCUUCGUGAUGCAGUGGUUAGCACACUCGGCUCACAACCGAGAGAGCCCGGGUUCGAUUCCCGGGCGGAGUGAAAAAAUUUGGGCAGCUUUUCCAAUACCCUACGCCCCUGUCCACCCAGCAGUGAAUUGGUACCAGGUAUUAAUCGGGGGUUGUGUCCCGUCUCCUGGGAACUGUUCCCUUCUCCUAUAAUUCCUUACCCUUCUGUCUCUCUCUGGCAUAUGACCACAGAUGUUGCGCCGACUAAAUGAAACUUUUCAACUUUUUAGUAUUUUUCCUUAUAUCCAUUGUUACCAUUUUUAUCAUGGCCAUCCUUCAAAAGUUGGGAAAUUAAGUAAAAUUAACAUGUUCAAAAUAAAGAAAUUCAUGAUUUUUUUUUCUGCCCUGGUUAUUGCUCACACCCAGACCCAAGUUUGUUGUGGUGAUUCUUCACUGCCCGACCUGUGGACUGACGAUGGCUGACUGACUGAAUGACUUGCUGAUUGGUAGAGUAACCCACUUAUUGACUGACACAGGCUGAGUGGGUAGCUGGCUUAUUGAAUGAGUGGCUGGGUAGAUCACACAGUCACAAAUGGACUGACUGACUAAUUGACUGACUGUGGUUGUCUGAGGGACCACAUGUGCUUGCGUGUUCCCCCUUCAUUCUUCUCCCUCCAUAAUCCUUCAUGUUAGUAAAUACUCUGCUUGAAAAGGAAAGAAAGAAAAUACAAAAGCAUAAUGAUAUUCAUGUGUUAACUUUUCUUAUUUGUACAAAUCUUUGUAAAUAUUUGACUUAUACUUUUUCUUAUAUUAUGGUGAUGUAAAUAUCUUAAAAAUAAAAAUGUGAACUAU